AUUAAAUAAUAAUUAUUUUUAAAACAUGAUAAAUAAUUCAUAGUUUUCAUUACCAAGAAGAGAAGAACCAGAAGUGUGUUAUUUUUAUUCCCCGUGUGAACGACUAGAGAUUAAUUCGUAUCUCGAAGGUAAUUGGGCUAAGAAAAUUAACCGGAAACGACAACCCGGAAGUGUUUUUUUUUAAUAUUUCAAAUCCCAAGCAAAAUCACUUCCAAAUUUUCAAUUUCCGUCGAGUAAAAAGCGAUGUUUUUGAACGGUUAAACCAAAACAACAACGCCGACGACAAUUUGGACAUUCAGUUCAUAUCAUUGGUUCUUAAAAUUUGCGCCUGUUUGUUUUGAAUAGCCGGUUCGUGAAUUAUAUUUUAGAUGGUCGGCGUAACCAGCUGACGAGACUGGUCUGAACAUUUCAGCCAGGAAAUGAACAAACAACAAGCAGCACGUGGCAUUCGUUUAAAACGCAGCCCAACUUUCUUAAAGAGGGCCGCGUGUUGAUGGCGAGCAUGACAAAGGUGAGUGAGGUGACGCCACGAGAAGCAGCAGUGUUACAAAAACAGUAUGGUUUGCUGAGGGUUUCCCCCUCGAUGUGUCCAAAAUAAAGCGUUGUGGAGUUAAAAAUCUUCACCACACGCAAAUGUUGCUGCAUCUGCCUUCAGCAGGUGAGACAAACCAAGUAGAAGGCGAAAUUGGCGCUAUCACAAAAGUUAAAAUAAGCAGCCAGCUGGCAAUAAAUCAAUACGUACUCUUGGCCUCAUCGCUUCCUGUCUCCGUUUUUUUAAAGGACACGUGCUCACUAGGAGUAAUGUGAAUUUCAUUUUUUGAGUGCUUGAACUUCACUCAAGCAUUUUCGUUUCGUAUGUAAACAAGUGUAGUUUGUUUUGUAGGAUGUUUUUUUGGGACAGCUGCAUUUUAACAGACGAUGAUGACGACGAUAUUCCACUUUGCAGUUGUCAGGGCAUCAAUCUCACCAAUUGCCGCUAUGACAGUGUGCGUCGUGCUGCUGAGAAGUUAGGCAUUAAAGAGGCGAAGGCAGGUGAAGACUGGACCCUGUUUUGGAGCGAUGCCCGUCCUUGUGAGGAAAAAUUUAAGGAAAUGAAACCGUACCAGAAAAUCAACCAUUUGCCCUCUAUGACUGAAAUUUGCCACAAAAAUUCAUUAGCAACUAACUGGAAGCACAUGCUCAAGUUUUUCCCCAAAGACUACAACAUUUUUCCCAGAACUUGGACCUUUCCCAUAGAGUACGGUCUGUUCAAAUCCUACGCCAGGGACAAAGACAAAUGUUACAUUUGCAAACCCAACACGGGCAGCCAAGGCAAAGGCAUCUCCAUCUUCACGUCGUGGGAGAAAGUUCAGCCUGAACAUGACAUGAUCUGUCAGGAGUACAUCGACAAGCCGCUGCUCAUCGACGGCUUCAAGUUCGACAUGCGCAUCUACGUCCUGGUGACCUCGUGUUACCCCUGGAGGAUCUACAUGUACAACGAGGGCCUGGCUCGCUUCUGCACCAUCAAGUAUGAGGACCCGACGGAUGAAAACGCGAAUAACAAGUUCAUGCAUCUCACCAACUUUACCAUCAACAAGGACAGCGAGACCUUCAUCGAUGAUGAGCAGACGGGUAGCAAACGAAAGCUGUCGACGCUGAAAAAGCAGCUGCGGUCCAACUACAGGAACACGGAGAAGAUAUGGAGCAACAUCGAGGACGGCAUCGUGAAGACGCUGGUCUUGGCCCACUCGCGCAUCCAACACGGUUACACCACUCUCUUCUCCAAACACGUGGUCGGCAGCGCCUGCUUCCAGAUCCUUGGCUUUGACGUGCUGCUGGAUGAGCACUUCAGGCCGUGGGUGCUUGAGGUGAAUCACUCCCCAGAUUUUUCCACCCUGCUGCCGCUGGACCGCGAUGUUAAGGACGCCUUACUUUACGACACGCUGGUGCUUAUCAACUUGGCCCCCUUUGACCGCUGCAGGAUGAUCAAGGAGGAGAAGCGCAAGGUGGAAGAGCGCAUGAAACAAAACGUGCGCAUUGAGGAGAGGCUAGAGAACGAACAGCAGCGACGGGCGACCAUGGUGGAGGAGAUGGAGAGCUACGAAGACGAGCACCUGGGAGGCUUCAAGAGGAUCUACCCCAGCGAGGGAAACGAGAAAUAUGACAAGUACCUAAAAGUGGAGGACAGGCUCUACAAAACCAAGAACAAUGACCUCGCUGGACUUUCUGAAAAUAUGCAAUCGAAAUAAACGUGGAAGUUGUCUCA